AUGGGGUUGUUUAGCAAAGAGAAGUCACCUGAGGCUCCAAACCGCUCGAAGCGAGAGAAGUGCUGGGAAAGCAGGGACAUUUAUUUCAAAUGUUUGGACAGAAUCGACGUUGUGAAUCCGCUGGACAAGAAUGUGCAAGAUAAAAUCAGCAAAAACUGCUCUAAAGAGGAUGCCCAGUUCCAGAAAGACUGCGUGGCCUCGUGGGUCAAGUAUUUCAAGGAGAAGCGUCCCUUUGAUAUCAAAAAAGAGAAGAUACUGAGGGAGGCGGCAGAACAACAAGCAAACGCUAAAAUAGAAAAAUGA